AUGCCGUGGAACUUGUCGUCCACCGACAGCCCUUCAGAGGCACACUCGCGUCCUCCCUUGACCUCCCAGCAGUCAAAUUCCCUCCCGUCCACCCCCUAUCAACAUGCGCGCAAUCUCUCGUUCCACUCAAGGACGCCGUCCCCUCCUCACGGUAGCACUUCCCCACGUUCGACGCACUCCGAGUCGAUACACCUCCCACCGUCGUUACGAAAACCUUUCACUGGCUGCAAAUACGAGACUGCCAUGGCCUUUUUUCGAAGACGGAUACCGUAUACAAUAGGUACCGAUUUAUUGCCGGAGGAGAAGGCGGGUCUGAAGGAGCGCUUGGAUUCGGAGGAUGAGAAGAGACUUACGCAAGACAUGUUGGACAUCUACGAUCGGUUAUUACCAUCCGCUGAGAGUGAUGAUCGACGGCGACAGCUGGUUCGUAAAUUGGAGAAACUUUUCAAUGACCAAUGGCCGGGCCGAGAUAUCAAAGUCCACGUCUUCGGGUCGUCUGGAAAUAAACUCUGCUCAAGCGAUUCAGACGUGGAUAUCUGUAUAACAACGACGUAUAAAGAGUUGGAGCAUGUGUGCCUGCUGGCCGAGGUUCUCGCAAAGCACGGUAUGGAACGAGUUGUCUGCGUCUCACAUGCGAAAGUCCCCAUUGUAAAGAUCUGGGAUCCGGAGCUGCGGCUCGCAUGCGACAUGAAUGUCAACAAUACCUUGGCAUUGGAAAACACGCGUAUGGUGCGAACAUAUGUGGAGAUCGACGAUCGUGUACGGCCCCUGGCUAUGAUUAUUAAGUACUGGACGAAACGACGGAUCCUCAACGAUGCAGGACUUGGGGGCACAUUAAGUUCAUAUACCUGGAUAUGUCUGAUCAUCAACUUCCUCCAAACCCGGGACCCUCCCGUCCUCCCGAGUCUUCAGGCACGUCCACACAAGAAGAGGACGACGGCGGACGGUCUGGUUUGCUCAUUUGAUGACGACCUUGGCUCUUUGACGGGCUUUGGACGGAAAAAUAAGCAAACCCUCGGCGAAUUGCUCUUCCAUUUCUUCCGUUAUUACGGCCAUGAGCUCGAUUUCGAGAAAUACGUCAUAUCCGUGCGAGAGGGCAAGCUGAUAUCGAAAGAAGAAAAGGGUUGGCAUCUUCUUCAGAACAAUCGCCUCUGCGUAGAGGAGCCAUUUAACACGUCAAGAAAUCUGGGGAACACUGCGGAUGACACGUCGUUUCGAGGAGUCCACAUGGAGUUGCGUAGGGCUUUCAAGGCAGUAUCGGAAGGCAACCUCGAGGACUGCUGUGAGCAGUACGAAUACCCCCCAGAGGAAGAGCGAUUAUGGGAACGACCCCCUCCUCAACCACGACCAACCUUGACGGCUCCGCCUCAGCCCUCGCGAGGUGGCCGGGGAGGCGGCCGGGGAGGACGUCAUUCGAAUCAGUAUACGCGUGGGGGGCAUGCGGGAGGUCGUCGGGCAUCGAAUAAUGCAUCGAACAAGCCCAACGGGUUUCGCCAGGCCAAUCCCAACAUCAGUGCGACCGAGCUGUCUCUGCAGGCGCAACACGCCCAAUACCUGUUGCAUGAUCACCUCUACCAGCAAAUCCAGAUUCUCCAAGCGCAGGAGCAAGAGCUGCGCCUACAACUACAAAAUCAAGCUCUGCUGACCGGGAGACCCCCUCCGGUGCUGAUUCGCCAGCCAUUCAUACAAUUUCCCAUGCCUCAACAGCAACAGCCGCAACCUGACUCAGCUGUAGACGAUAGUUCUCGGUCCAGAGCCGGUACUCAUCCACCACUCAAUGCGACCCUGCGACCCGUGUACAAUAACAAUGCCACCUAUCUUCCAAUCGCAGUCACUCCCGCUCAGGGAGGCGACACAAACCCUCCAUCGCCAUCGGCCGCGACGGCUCUGCCUGAGCUACGACGUACUCCCCGUCGCCAGUCGGUAGCCAACGGCUCCCCUGGUCGAUCGCUCAGGGCACACUCGCAGCCGGCGCGGCCAGGGAAUUCCCCGGCUCUUCAGAGUUUCGCCCCACUUUACUCUGUUUCUCAACCUGUCGACAGCUCCCAUAUCCUCAAACCGCGCAACAACUCUGGUUCCCCUGCGGAAGGCGAUCAAAAUGAAGAUGACCAUGGCUUUAUACCCAGCAGUAUGCCCAAUGUCUCCCGCGCUGCGUAUCUGGAUGAAAAUCGACCAUCAGAGUAUAUGGGGUAUUAUCUCGCAACUUCGCCGCAACUGCAGGUUUAUCAUCAAAAUGCUAUGCUCUCCCCGUUGUCAGCUCCGGUGGGACUGGCGCUUCAGAACGGCAGCAUCUUGCCGUUCGUCGGAGCUCCACAGGGGUACAUGUCCACCCUAGCGACCACCGAUAGUUUUGGGUCGCCGCCAGAAAGUGGCGUUGCGCCCAAUUCUAAAGUCGCCGCAUCGCAACCGAGAGCGACCCCUCGACCAGUUGCUUCCCAUGACCGAAAUGGUCCGCUUAUAGUUGAUGGCUCGGUGCCUCUAAGCGAACAGCGCGCCCCAGUCUCCAUUGAGGGCUUCGAUCACUACGGCACCAUGAGCCAUUGUACUUCCAAUUCAGAUGAUCGCAACACGGACACUCCUGCCAGUAUCUCAGACUCAUAUUCUCAAGAUUAUCAGGACAACAGUUCGGUUGAAAUCGAUCAGCCGAUGUUCUUUCCGCGACAGGCAAUGGACGCGCCGAAGUUAGCCAAUGCCGGUGAUGCUUGGUUCAAUGGUCAUAGUGAGAAGCCUGGCCUUCUUUCUAGCAGGUUGCAGAAUCUGCACGUCUCGCAUACUGAGAAAAUGGCUGAAAAAUCACCGAAAUCUAGCCCCGAACAGUUCAGAGGGGGCCAGCCGCGCCAGGAUAUAGCUGAUCAUGAUGCCUAUCGUUCAAAACAGUCCCCGGCGGAGAGGGGAUCUGCCCCGGAAACGCACGCUUCAUCACCAAACAGCAAACGACGUUCAAACCAUGCAGACUCGUCCGAAAAACCGAACGGCGUUGCCCACAAGGCCAAGGCUAAGCAUCGACAUGACAACUCCCACCACUCUUCUGGUGGUUCAGGUGACAGCAAAGAGCGGCAUGUUGCUCAUCCGUCUCGUAAAACCAACGGAAUCGCACCGGCAGCGCACGAUUCAAGCUCGCAUCAUGGCAACAACGGGUGGCAGACAACCAAGAAGAAGCAGAAAAAGGGUGCCAAGUCUAUGGAGCAUCGACCGGGCUUCCACGCUAGCGCAGAACCUCUUCCUGCGGAAGAAUCGUUGAGAAAGGGUGGAUGA